AGAUGAGGCUUAUUUUUGUUUUGAAAGAAUGGUAAAAGAGGGUUGGGAUAUUUUAAGUAAAAGUCCGACUCCUAUUAAUAUUGAAAUUGAAUACGAAGAAAAUGAACAAAACGGCAGAGUUUACCGAAGA